AGAAGCCCCAGGAAUUUUUGAAAUUCCAUUUUCUGUCGGCUUAGCAUGGAGAAGUUUCAUUUCAUCUUCUCAGGUGACCAUGGCAGGUUAUCACAGCAAACAUUCUCCCAUUUGGACCACUACGGAGCUGCUGAAGCUGCUCAGUAGAUGGGAGAGGAGGCUUUGCAGUCCCAGCUGCACUUGAGCUGUAGGAAUUUUGAUAACUACGGGCAGGUUUCUCAAGACUUGUGUGAAAAGAGCUAUUACCGGGACAUGCCGCAGUGCAGAGCGAAGAUAAAGGAUCUGAGACAGGUGUACCAUAAGGCGAGGGAGCCAAACCAUCAUGUCGGUGCUGCACCUAAGACCUGUCAGCUCUGCAAGGAGUUGGACAGUAUCCUCGGUGGCGACCCCACCACCAAGACCCCUGUGGAUACCUUGGCGAUCCUGGAGGCAGUGGAAAGAGCACCUAACCCGGAGGACGAAGUCACUGAUGAAGAGGUGGAGUUAGAUGAUGAUGUGGAGCUCCUGGUGGGAUCACUUGGUGGGGUGGGCAGCCAGGAAUUGUUCAGGAAGUGUCUGUCCAGUCUCAGCAAUUGCUCUCUGGUGAGCAAGAAGAAGAGGAGGAGAUGCCUGACGUGGCCUUGAGGAACACCCCAUGCACACCUUUCAAACAUCUCUGCCAGAAAAGAAAGUGCUCAAGGUGGAGCAAAGAGGACAUGUUCCAGGAGAACACAAGGAACACAAGGAGUGGAGGGGAAGGUGAAAGGAAGGACAGAAAAGAUAAUCAGGAGUUUAAGGAUGCUACUGAGUGGAUGAUUAAAGUAAUGGAGGAGCACAAAGAGAUACUGAAGUCCUUAAUGCUGCAGACUGAGCAGAUCUGUGCCUGCUCUCCCCUGCAGCGCAUUCAGAACUCUUUUCUGUGCCCCUCCCCCCUCAACUCCACCCACACGUUUCUUUCCACUUUCUGGGACUUCUCAGUUUCCCCUUCGCUCCACCCCUUUGGAAACUUUCAGAAUAACUGGACCUACGCACAGCUCUGAAAGUCUGUCCUUCCCUGGUACUUCCUUACCUACCAAGCGUCUGUGUGUGUUUCUUGUGCAAUAAAAGC